GUGACCCAAACAGAUCCGCCACUUCCGCUUCCCCUCGGCUUUCUUCUCGUCGGUGUUCCCGGCUGCUAUAGAGCCGGGUGAGAGAGCGAGCGCCCGUCCGCGGGCGUCGAGGGCGGUUUGCCUCGCGCUGACCCUUCCCGCCCUCCUUCUCGUCACAAACCAGGUCCCCGCGGAAGCGGCGGUGUCGGCGCCAUGGCGGAGCUGACGGCUCUUGAGAGUCUCAUCGAGAUGGGCUUCCCCAGGGGACGCGCGGAGAAGGCUCUGGCCCUCACAGGGAACCAGGGCAUCGAGGCAGCGAUGGAUUGGCUGAUGGAGCACGAAGACGACCCCGAUGUGGACGAGCCUCUAGAGACUCCCCUUGGACAUAUCCUGGGACGGGAGCCCACUUUCUCAGAGCAAGGCGGCCUUGAAGGAUCUGGUUCUGCUGCCGGAGAAGGCAAACCCGUUUUGAGUGAAGAGGAAAGACAGGAACAGACUAAGAGGAUGUUGGAGCUGGUGGCCCAGAAGCAGCGGGAGCGUGAAGAGAGAGAGGAACGGGAGGCAUUGGAACGGGAACGGCAGCGCAGGAGACAAGGGCAAGAGUUGUCAGCAGCACGACAGCGGCUACAGGAAGAUGAGAUGCGCCGAGCUGCUGAGGAGAGGCGGAGGGAAAAGGCUGAGGAGUUGGCAGCCAGACAAAGAGUUAGAGAAAAGAUCGAGAGGGACAAAGCAGAGAGAGCCAAGAAGUAUGGUGGCAGUGUGGGCUCUCAGCCACCCCCACCGGCACCAGAGCCAGGUCCUGUUCCCUCUUCUCCCAGCCAGGAGCCUCCCACCAAGCGGGAGUAUGACCAGUGUCGCAUACAGGUCAGGCUGCCAGAUGGGACCUCACUGACCCAGACGUUCCGGGCCCGGGAACAGCUGGCAGCCGUGAGGCUCUAUGUGGAGCUCCACCGUGGGGAGGAACCAGGUGGGGGCCAGGACCCUGUGCAAUUGCUCAGUGGCUUCCCCAGACGGGCCUUCUCAGAAGCUGACAUGGAGCGGCCUCUGCAGGAGCUGGGUAUGGCUGCAAGACUAGAAACCAGGACCUGGGGGAGUUGGGAGGCAUGCCUGGGAAAAGGAGGGAUGCAAAGAGAAGAGGCUUUGUGAACAUGGUGCAAGGCCAGGAAUUUUGGGAGCAAAAAUCAAGUAUCCUUGUGGUUCAAGCCUGUUUUCUUCCAUCUUCAGGACUUGUGCCUUCUGCUGUUCUCAUUGUGGCGAAGAAAUGUCCCAGCUGAGGGCCUUUGUCCCAUCGUCCCUCUGUGACCCCUUCAUCUUUGAUAAAGCACUGACAUCUCCUUCCUAAUAAAUAGACCCUGAGUUCUGUA